AUGUCCACGACAACAACGACUACGGCUGAAGCCGAGCAGGCGCCCAUCAAGUUGACCUUAGCCUACGACGACAAGAUCCAUGACCAAUACAAAUACUCCCAAUACUUGCCUGUGUACGACGAGAAGACGUCGUUUCCUCCUCUCCAGCCAUUCGAGUUUAAUGACCGCGGCCUCGUAGCCAAUAAGGAGAAGCUCAACCUUCUCCCCAAAGAUAGCUCGACCAUCAAAGCCACGAAACUGACUCCAGUAAUCGGCACGGAAAUCCGAGGCCUGCAACUCUCUCAACUCGACGACCGCCAAAAAGACGAACUUGCCCUUCUCAUCGCCGAGCGCGGCGUCGUAGUCUUCCGAGAUCAGGACUUCAAGGAUAUCACCAUCGAGAAGCAGAAGGAAUUUGGAAGUUACUUUGGGCCUCUCCAUAUCCACCCCGUCGGAGCACACGUCAAAGACCACCUCGAACUGCACAACAUCUACCUGGGCCCCGACAACGAGUACCGCAACCGCAGUAAGAGCAACAAGCUUUCCACGAUUGGAUACCACUCGGACGUGUCGUAUGAGCAACAGUCGCCGGGCGUCACGAUCCUGACGCUGCUCUCCGUCCCGGAGACGGGCGGUGAUACUGCUUGGGUGUCGCAGACGGCGGCGUACGCGCGGCUUUCGAGGCCUAUCCAGACCUUGCUGGAGGGCUUGAGGGCGGAGCAUAGUGGUUUCCCUCAGGCGGAGAACGCGAGGCGCGAUGGGAAGUUUGUGAGGAGGGAGCCGGUGAGGUCGGAGCAUCCGGUGGUCCGGAUUCACCCGGCAACUGGUCAGAAAGCGCUCUUCGUCAACCCGGGCUUCACGAAGAAGAUCAUUGGUCUUCGUGAUGAAGAGUCGGAUGCUCUCCUGAAGCUCCUCUUCAAGCACAUCACGCUGGGCCAGGACUUCCAGGUCCGCAUCAAGUGGGAAGAAGGCACCGUAGCCCUCUGGGACAACCGCGUGACGGCGCACACGGCCAUCUCGGACUACAACGUCCACAACCCGCAAGAAGGCCUGCGCCACGGGUUCCGGAUCACCACGCUGGCAGACAAGCCAACGGGGGUGAACGGUCUGGAAUCCACGUGGUGA